GUUGCAAAUACUUUCUCCGUACAUGUACAAUUAAAUGAAAUUCCCAAAGGUAUAAUAACGCACAAGAGUGAUUUCUAAAGAGGAACUUUUUUGGGACACUGGAGCCCAUUUCUGCCUUAUUUGCAUAUUCCGCAACAAAUGGUUUGGUCCAUGCGAGCCUUCAAGCCGUUCGGCCAGUGUAUUUCCAAUAUGGCGGCCAACGUGAGUCGAAAGAGUUGUGUUUUCUCGUCGAUUUUUGGCCGUUUGUUGUGUGAAAUACAACCAGGUUUGUCGUGUAGAUGCACUUCAGAUAUUGCACAUUUAUAGUUGUAGAUAAAUUUGUAAAAUAGUCAUCAAAUAUAACUCUAUGAGAUGAAUCAAUUUGAGUGUACAUUUUGCCAAUGAUUUUGGUAGUAUUAUUUUUAGAAACUUGAUUUAUAUUGUCUUGUUUGUAGCAUUCAACUGUGUGUCCUUGAGGCAAAGGUAUCCAAUCCAAUGCAGAAAUUUACAUAGUUCAGGUUUGUAUAUCAGAACAGGAUAGACUGUAAAGUUUUGGCUUUUUAAUUUGCUGCGCAAAAAUUCAUGCAAUUAUUAUGGAAAAUUGGAAAUCUGCGUAAAAUUUUUCAAGUUGUAGAAAACUGCAAAUAAUUUACCAAGAAUCUGCACAAUAUGCCUUUGUAAACCAAAAACCAAGCAGAUUUCUGAUUUUCUUAUUUGACAAAUACAAAAUAUUCUGUGAAAAUAUCUGACAAACGGUAUCUUUCACAUCAACUUGGAUCAGAGAAUUCUAUAACUGCUCCACCAUAUUCAUAUUUAAAUUAUUUAUAGAGAUGAUGUGUGGAGGGAAACUUAAAAGUGAAUGGCGAAGAAAAAGAGCCCCGGCGUUAACUAGAGUAGGUUUGAUUAUUGAUUAUACAAUCAAUUGGAACAUUAUUGACUAGAGAAUUAUAUGUUACUAUAAUUAUAUAUCUUCAUUAGUUAUGUCUGGAUAAACCAGAAAAAUAUAAAACUCGCAAAGCUUUUGGCGGAGGUGAAAAGACAAAAGUUACCAGAGCCAAGGAAGGAUCAUACAUUUGGAAAUCCCAAGGUCUUUCUGCAUUUAAUUUUAUUUUUAAGAUAUGCCAUUUUUGUGCUGAUUUUCAUCUUGACAUUCUGUAGAAAUUGAAUUCCAAACACCGAUAUUGGACGUUCUUUACAACAUGGCACAUAAAGAUUUUACAAGCAGGAAAAUCAUGGUACGAGGAACUGUCGUUGAAGUUGAUGGAGAGCCAUUUAAAACUUGGUAAUGCAAUAAUAUUAGUAAUGCAAUGAUUGCAUCCUACUUCAUUAUUGCUGGAGGAUUUUACUUGUCCAGGUGAAAUGUUGGGUAUUAAUGCCCACAGGUUAACAGAAUUUGAGUUUAGCUCGUAUGGUUUGAUGUUGAUUAAUUUAGUACACCAUGAUCAGCCGGGGGCAGUUUUAGUGUAAACUAUUUCUAGUAUAUUUCUUACAGGUAUGAGAAGCAAGAUGUACAUCAUGAAUCUAAUGAUAUAAAAGAGGUAUUGUAGUACAAUUGCUAAUUAAACCAUUAAGUUGGAAUGCCCCCAAAUGUAUUCUAGAGCUGAUGAUUUUAUUUAUCAUUUUACUUGUGUCCCAAUGCUUAAUACUUUAUUAUUUUACUCUGUCUAAUGGCAGACGAUUUUACUUGUCAAGAGGAGAGUGCUGAUGCUCAAUGGUUGCUAAAUGAUUUACAAUGGAUUCAACUGUAUUAAACGUUUUCUAGGGUGAAAAGGAGCCAUCUGUUGACAACAGGAUCUUGCAACAAUUGCAGGGUGGGAAAGUACUAGGUAAGGAAUGAAAUUUGUUUCUGUCAUACAUGCAUGCCAAUCUUUGGACUGUUUAGUUUGGGAUAUUACAAUGUACAAUAAUACUUUUUAUUAAACUGUUUAAAGCUAGGCAAUUUCACUCUGUCAAAGUAAAUGCCAGAGAUAGUUUUUCUCAUGAAGUGAAACGUGUCAGAUACUACUUAUUAAUAGGUUUUAGCAGUUUAGAUAUUCUCUCAAGUUUUCCUAAUGUUUCAUUUUGAAAGCUAAAGUGUCAAGCCGGCCAGGACAAGAAGGAAAAGUGAACGGUUAUCUCUUAGAGGGGCAAGAACUCAGUGAAUAUCUGGAACUAACGAGAACUAAUCAUAAUGGUAAAUUAUGACACCAGUGGUAAGGCCCUGAGGAUUUUAGGAACACCACUCCCUGUUACAAAAACAUCGUGAUUGAAGGGCGCAUAUCAAAUAGGUGUGCUUGUAGUUGCGAAAAGAUGCCCUCCCAAUAGUACAGUUAUAAAUUAUAUUUAAAACACAUAUAGUUAUGGAUAAUAAAGUAUUUUUAUACAAUCAUAAAUAUCAAGUACCAUAUAAAUACAACCUAACCCUCACUAGAUACUAGUUUAAAAAAGUCAUAUACAUUUGUAUCACAAAUAGCUAUGGUUAAAGUAUUUUUUAUACAAUCAUAAAUGUCAAGUACAGGGAUGCCGAAAAGUCGGGGGGGGGGGCAGAUAUUCAUAUAUUUGUGUUCACAGACUGUAAAUUAAAACAAUCGCUUUCAAAGGAAAUAAAUGAUGCAGAACAUGAAUAUAUGAAUAUCUGCCCCCCAAUUAUCGACUUUCCGGCGUCCCUGAUCAAGAACCUUAUAUAUUUAGCAUAACCUAACCCUCACUAGAUACUAGUUUACAAUACAAAAAAGUCUUAUGGUUUGGUCAUAUCAGAUAUGUUGUUUUAAAUAUGAAAUAUCAGCUCAUAUUGAUUGCAUUUGACCAAAUUAUUUGUUUUCAAAUAUUAUGUGGUUUAACAAUUGAUGGAUUAUUUUACUCUUCUUUUUCGGCUUGUGCUGACCGUCGCAACCAUACAAACUUGUAUAUCUUUCUCCCCAAACGCAUCAUGCCCAAACCCACUGCCUUGCCACUGUGAAUGACUGUAGUCCUAACAAUCACCAGCUGUGCCUUUAUUGGAUCGAGCUGUGCCUGACCUAAGCCAUGCCACAACGCCCAUAGCAUAUUUUUGCCCGCUUUAAAAUAUGUGCCGAUUAUCGUCGGUACCGAAAUAUCCGAAAAAGGCAACCACAGUUGUACCAGGGUAUUCUUGAGUGCUCGGAUAACGGUAAAUAAAAAAUAUGCCAACUGGUAGCCCACGUUUAAAACUGGUCUCACAAGGGGCCACAACAAAGCGCAACUGCUGGUAACAAUUUGGAUAACCAUGCGUAACACAAGACCCAGUUGUCCAAGUAUUUGCAACAAUGGAGCGGACAUUACCGCUGUUACCGUACAAAGUGGUUUAAUAAAACAAAGCCACUGGAUUGUAUAUUCCUCGAAUAGAGUGUUGAGGAACUGUAUUACAUAAUCCAGGAGUUGGUAUUGGUACUGAAACAAGUCUAUCAGGGGUCGUACGAAUUCUCGGAUAACAUCGACGUAUCGGUACAGCUGCCAUAGAGCCCACAUGAUAGAAAAUACCAGGUAAAUGUAUAUAGCAAGUUGGAUGCAUUGUCGUGUACGUUUCGAGUAUAUAUAAUGUGGUAUAAACUGUACCCAACUGGGCAGGCCCUCUUUGUAAUGCUUUGGGCUAAUUUGGGGGUUGUUCGGUUGGCUGACAGUUUUGUCCAAUUUUGAGCUCAAGUGAUUGCUUCGUAGCUUUCUCAAAAGGUCUCGUACAGCUCCGGUUUCGUUGACGUGAAAGGUGCCUUGAACAAGGCAACUUUUGGACGAUUUUUCUGAGGAUGGUCGAGCUGAAUUGUUAUUAGAAGUCGUUUCAAUGGUUGGGCUCCUUGUUUGAAGUACUGAACACUCGACUAAAAGGGUCCCUUUCAUCGCUUCAAUCGAUCCAAAUUUUGCCUCAACCCGCAAAUCAAUUGCAGUAAUAUUCUCGCAUUGUAGUGUUAAUUGAUCGCCAUUCCCGUCUCUGUAUGUAAAGUCCAACCGCGGCAAACCCGUUUCGGAUAAAACAAGAUAGCAGCAAGUCGAUUGUUUCUUCCCGACCUUCGCACAUUUUAUCGAUUUUAAAGCAACCUCAGCCAUUUUUUUUAACUUUGCAGAUGCUUGCUUUUCCUUCAUUAAUGUUUUAUGGCCGGAGAAUUAAAUGAUUACUGUAAAACAACGUGAAAAAGCUUCAUAAAUGCAAUUUCAUUAUGAAAAGCACUGGCCAUUUUACUCGUAUAAUUUCACAUCCCUCAAAAAUGUCAACAAUGGCAUCUCGUGGGAGUUCUGUUCAGAAAAAAGAGAUUUUACAUGUAAAAAGCCGGGUAUUUUGUUUUGAGGUUAUGAGAUUAUUUGAGUUUUGUCAUUUUUAAUUUGUUGGAAAAGGUUUUGGGUUUG